GUGUGCAUGUUGCCAUGUGUUGUGGUGCUUGCGUGUGUUGAUAUGUACGCGCGUUUCCGAAUCGCACUGCGCCUGUAGUGCUCGCGUUAUAGCAGGAAACACAUGUUUUUAGCUGACAGGGCUGCAGGGAGCGAGGCACCAUAGUGGACGGAGCUGAACAGCUGCACAGCUGCACAAAGGAAACAAAAAGGAAACUAGCGUGUUGUUGUCAACCCAGCCAGUGAGGCUCUGUUGGGGGGUAAAAGCGAAGGUUUUUUAUUUGUCCGGGCCAAGGGCAGAUCUCAAAGGACCUGUCCCCUUAAUGCAUAUUGAACACCACUUGGAUGACCAGAGUCAUGACCAGAUCACUUCAACUAGUCUUUCUGUUUUCUGCUCUCUGCUGCUGCCUAGCGGACAAUGUGGGGCUGCUCCGCACUAAGAGAGGGACCCGUUUUUACAGAGGUGAGCCUGACAGGGAGCAGCCAGCUAGACGGACGCUUUUCAUUAUUCAUGUCAAGAAGUCUUCGCCUUCCUCUGAAACCCCCUCGUUGUGUGUGGAUAGUGAGACCUCAGCAGUGCGUAGUAAUGGGGAGACUUGGCUGCGAUGGAGGGGACAGCGUGUGGAGUACUGCCAUUGUGCUUUAAGAGGACGAGUGCAUUGUCAUAUUGUGCCCACCAUCAACUGCUUCGAGUCCCAGUGCUACAAUGGGGGGACCUGUAAGGAGGCCGUGUACAGUUCAGACUACAUUUGCCAGUGUCCCCCAGGCUUCAGCGGGAUGCGGUGUGAGAUCAACAACAAUGAGAAGUGUGCUGUGGGGCAGGGCGAAGGGUACCGCGGCACGUGGAGCACCACCCGCUCAGGAGCGGAAUGCAUCAACUGGAACUCUACGUCUCUGAGAGGAAAGAAGUUCACGGCCAGAAAAAGCGACGCUGACAUUCUUGGACUGGGCAAUCACAACUUUUGCAGGAACCCUGACAGUGACAGCAGUCCCUGGUGUUUUAUCUAUAAAGGCACUCAGGUCGAAUGGGAGUUGUGCUCCUUGCCCAAAUGUCCAGCAGAUAAGGUCAAAGCAUGCUCGGUGGGCUCCGGUCAGUCGUACAGAGGCACGGCAUCCGUCACCAAGAGCGGCUCUCGCUGCAUCCCGUGGGACUCUCCUUCCGUCAAGCACAAGGUCUUCAACGCCUGGAGAUCGGACGCGCUGACGCUGGGGCUGGGCAGCCACAGUUUCUGCAGGAACCCGGACGGUGAUGCAGGCCCUUGGUGUCAUACGUACAAAAACAUGCGUCUGACCUGGGAGCUGUGUGACGUACCUAAAUGCUCAAGACGUCCGUCCGUCAUCACCACUCUUGGCCCGCGUGCUCCCACCACGAACAACAAUAACAGAGGAACGUGUGGCCAGCGUUUCGACAACACCCUGAAUCGGUUGGCCUUCCGCAUGUACGGGGGCAGAGAGAGCGACAUCAGCGAGCAGCCGUGGCAGGCGGUCAUUAACGUGUACGGGCCCGUAUCCAAACAACACUAUCACCGAUGCGGCGGAGUCCUCAUCGACUCCUGCUGGGUCCUGUCUGCCGCACACUGCUUCCCCGACAACGCUAAACCAGAAGAGCUGCAGGUGAUUUUGGGGAGAACGUUCCGUAAGCAGAACUCCAGCAGCGAGCAGAUAUUCGGGGUUGAGAAGUACUGGCUCCACGAGAAGUACGACAGUGAGACGUUCGACAACGACAUCGCUAUUUUGAAGCUGAAGACCGACAUUGGCAUCUGUGCCGUAAACUCUGAAGCAGUCCUUCCCGUGUGUCUGCCUGAACGUGGGCUGGUGCUGCCCGACUGGACUGAGUGUGAAAUCUCAGGAUAUGGAAAAGACAAAGAGUUUUCCGCUGAGUUCUCAGACCGCAUUAAGAGAGGUCAUGUGCGCCUUUGGCCCCAAGAGCGCUGCGUCCCCGAGGCUCUGUCCGGGAGGACGAUUACCUCCAACAUGCUGUGUGCAGGAGACACCCGAGGGCUGGACGAUGCCUGCAAGGGAGACUCUGGCGGCCCGCUGGUCUGUCGGCACAAUGACAGGAUGACUCUGAUGGGUGUGAUCAGCUGGGGUGACGGAUGUGGGCGGAAGGACACGCCAGGGGUCUACGCCCGCGUCACCCGCUACAUCAACUGGAUCAACAAAAAAAUGAAAGCGAGCCCGGUGUAACGUGACGCUGCGAGCAAGAUUUUGUUGACUGACGUCGGUGGAAACAGUGGGUGUUUUAUCCUCUGACAGACGCAGAGUUCCUCGGGACUCUUCCUGAUUCUGUCGAGAGCUUGUUUACCUGUGGAUCUGAAUCCAAACAGAUGCAGGUUUUGAGCCAGCAGGACCGUUUUCUACAGAGACACACCAGAACCCAGAGGAGUUCUGUGUCGUUCCAAGACCUCUUUUUACGGCUGUGUUAAAUGUGACAGUGAGAACCAACACGUUUUUUUUUUAAAUCGUUCAUUUUGUGUCUUCUCUCUUCACCGGACAGACAGUUAACCUGACAAAAAAAAGUAGCAAAUGGCAAAUUUACAUGCCUCUGCUCUUUGUGGCUGCCUUUAAACGAGUAUAUCCACAGCAUCACAGUCAAGCCGUUGGUUCUUUUCACCCAGAAGAACAUAACACAGGCUUUUACUAGUCACACUAUACUAAAUCACAUAGAGUAGGGUUCUGUUUGCUACUCCAAAGGGCAUUUUUAAACUGUCCUCUAGGUGUAGGUGUAUAUUGGCUUAAUGCGAAAAUUGUCUUCAGUUUGUCACGAGGAGUUUCAGACCCUCGUACAAAACCGCAAGAUAAAUCUGCUGGUUCAGAUUCUGUUUGCGCUUGCAGCUUUUUCACCCUGUAACUUGCCGCCUCCUCAUAGACGAGAACAUAUUUGGAGGUGGAAGCAGGAAAGAUAGAGACUUUCGCUCUGUGUCAACCAACAAACCUGUCAUUGUUAAACCUUUACCCUCACAAUAGAGGAAGAGACUUGUUCUCAUUUUCUUUUGUAUGAUGUUUUCGGAGCACUUCUCCACCAGACUACUGGGUUGAGCCCAGUGUGUAUAUAACAUGUAUAUUUCCUGAUUAUUGAUUUUAUAUUGAAACCUGGGGUCCGGGGUCUGUUUUUAUUUCUGCGCUCAAUUAAACCGCUUUAUUGACUGCACAGCUUAACUCCUUAAUGAACUUUGUUCUGUGAAAGACUCUGAAUGGGAACGAAGUUUUAGAUUGUUUUGUACUAAGUUAAUAUUUAUGUGUAUUUUGCAUUGUUUUGUAUAAACUUCAAUAUGUUACAUAGUGUGUGUUAAUAACUUAUUGUUAUUGCCGUUAUAACCACAUCUGGCAACACACUCUUUUUGUCAAUAAAUAUUCUGAAUACAUUUU